GGAUGUCUAGGAGCACUAGAUGGAACCUACAUUGACGUGCGAGUCUCUGGUAUUGACAAGGCACGAUAUAGAAACUGUAAGAGUCGUACAUCUGUGAAUGUACUUGGAGUUUGUGAUAGAAACAUGAACUUCAUAUACAUGUUAUGUGGAUGGGAGGGGUCAACAGCAGAUAGUUCAGUCUUGCCUGAUGCGGUUACUAGGACGCAUGGUCUACGUGUUCCCAAUGGAAACUAUUAUUUGGUGGACGGUGGGUAUACGAAUGGUCCGGGUUUUUUAGCACCAUAUAGGGGUGUAAGAUACCACCUACAAGAGUGGGGCACAGGUUCACGCAGGCCACAAAACUUUAGAGAAUUGUACAACCUUCGCCAUGCUAAGGCUAGAAAUGCGAUUGAACGUUCAUUUGGCAUUUUGAAGAUGCGAUGGGCAAUUCUUAGGAGUUGCUCAUAUUAUUCCAUUCGAACCCAAAAUCGAAUUAUCAUGGCAUGCGCGCUCCUUCACAAUUUCAUACGGACAUCGAUGGCCUAUGAUCCCAUUGAAUCAUUAGUUCCUGCGAUUCCUGAUGGUGCGUUGUCGGGAGCCAAUGAUGAAGAUGAUUUGAUAGACCAGGUGGAGGCUAGCCCAGAAUGGACAUACUUCCGUGACCAGUUGGCGCACGAUAUGUUUAAUGAUUGGCAGGCUAAUGUGCCUUGGUUUAAGAAAGUUU